CACGCAACCCCCCCCCGAUGAACGCCAGAGGAUGCUGCGAUCCCUGUUUCUGACCACAACACGCACCGCGGGGAGGAGGCAGCCGCCGCCCCCGUGUUCGUCCUUUCCUCGGUCGCGACUGCACGGCCGGCUUUCCCCUCCCCUGGUGUGUCGCCAUGCCUCGGUGGACGGCGCCGCUCCCGACACCGACGGCCACAUCCACGGCCACGGCGCGAGGGUCGCACAUCCUCUGAACCACAGAGAAUACCCAGCAAGCCCGCACCCCGCCGCACGGGGGAACCGGACCCCCCUCCCGUGCCCGCAAAGGCCACGGUUCCGGUGUCUCUCCACCUCGCACGGGUGGCGGCGGCCGUCCUCCCCUUCCGCCUUUGUGAGCCGGCACAACCAGUCGAUCAACGUCUCGUCCGGGGACAUCCUCGACUACUGCGCCAGGCACCAGGGUUCUUCGCUCGUCGAGGGGGCCAGGACGACGAGCACCCACGUCGUGCUGAGGGAGUGCCCCUUCUGCACCAAGCCGACCAGAAACGACCCCACCAACCUGUACAAGCUGCACAUCCAGAUCGGGGGCGGGGCCUUUUUCUGCCACCGCUGCGGGACGGGGGGAUCGUGGUACGACCUCAAGGCCCGGUUCGGGGGCUUUCACGUCGAGCGGGGCAUGGGCGGCGGCACGAGCAACACCAACGGCAGCAACACCAACAGAAAUAGCAACAGCAACAGCACCCACCACCACCGUUCCACGGGUGGGGGAUUCGGAGGCAACGGGGGCUGGAACGACGGCCACAACCCGAACCAAUACAACAACAGCAGCAGGCAGGGCAACCACCACAACCACGGGAACGGCAACGGUGGCGGCACGAACCAGACCGAGCCCUGCCUGCCGAUGCCCCCUUCUCGGCUUUCGGGGUUGUACUCGUCGCGCUUGCUUGACGACAUGAAAACCGGCUGCAGCGUGGACAGCGACAACGACAGCGACGCCCGCACCUCUGGCGAGGGCGACGAACGAACGGGCCAGAAAGACGGAAACAACGACGCCCUCCGGUACCUCACGGAGGUCCGGGGACUGACCCCAAAGACGCUCCGAAAGUACGGGGUCGGUCGGGCGGCCUACCGGUUCCCUUCCGAGGGAGGGGGAUACAAGGAGGCCGAGUGCGUCACCUUUCCCUGGAUCAUGCGGGAGAGCGACGUGCGGACGCAGGAGGCGCUGCGGGGGGCGUCCUUCGGGGCCGAACCGGAAGCGGGCGGAGCAAGCGGCGGAGCGGACGGGGCCGAUCCAAGCGAAGAAACGGGCGGACGCGAAACCCCCACCGGGCCCUUUGUGACACGCCGGAUCAAGGCCCGGGCCCUCGAGCGCAAGUCGUGGCAGCGCCUCGACCCCCCCGGCGGCGGCUGGGGCCUCUUCGGCCUGCACACGGUUCCCAACGACUGCAAAGAGAUCGUCCUCACGGAGGGCGAGUACGACGCCAUGGCCGUCCACCAGGCCACCGGGCUGGCGGCGGUCAGCCUCCCCAACGGGUGCCGGAGCCUCCCGGUGCAGGUCCUCCCCCUGCUGGAGCGCUUCGACAAGAUCGUCCUCUGGAUGGACGACGACGCGCCCGGCAGGGAGGGAGCCGAGAAGUUUGCCAAGAAGCUCGGGAUCGACCGGACCCACAUCGUCGCGGGGAGGGGGGACGCGAAGGACGCCAACGACGCACUGCUCAGGGGGGACAUCGACCUGGAAGAACGCAUCGAACAGGCGGCCCUGGUGCCCCACGACCGGAUCGUCACCUUUGGGGACCUGCGAAACGACGUCCUCAAGGAACUCCUUGAACCGGAGCUGUACUCGGGGACGCCAAUCACGAGCCUGCCCAAGUUUACGCAGCUCAUCAAGGGCUUUCGAAGGGGAGAAAUGACCGUCCUGACGGGUCCCACGGGGUGCGGGAAGGUACGGGUGUCGGUGUUUGGUGGUUUGUGCAUGUGUUUGUGUGUGUCUGCGUAUGUCUAUGUCUAUGUGUAUGUGUAUGUGGUUCGUCAGCGGUGCAUUUGCCAACAGGUUUCUCGUCUGCUCUUCCACUGUUUGUCUUUGCCGCCCCCCAGACGACGUUUCUGGGUCAGGUUUCUUUGGACCUGGCGGAGCAGGGCGAGAAUGUUCUCUGGGGGAGUUUCGAGAUCAAGAACACCCGGUUGCUCCACAAACUCCUCAAGCAGUUUUCGAGGGAUUCGCUGCCGAUCAACACCGACAAAAACGCCAGGGAAAAUUUCGAGGCCCUCGCGGAUCGAUUCGAGACCCUCCCCCUCUAUUUCAUGAAGUUCCACGGUGGAUCGGACGUCGACGAGGUUCUCGAUGCCAUGGAAUACGCGGUCUACGUCAACGACGUGGAACACAUUAUACUCGUAAGUGGAGAGUCGCAUCGUAAGGAAGACGAUGGUCUGGUGUGUUGCCUUGCAGCACGAUGGUGUUUCGAAUGUAUGCUCGGCUCACGGUGUCAUUUUGCAAACUCUAUUAUUGAAAAUGAAAAUGGCAUCCUUUCAAUAGGAUAAUAUGCAGUUUAUGAUUACUCGGCAUUCACAGAAGUCUUCCUGGGAUAAGUUUGAAGUGCAAGAUGUUGCGAUCGAAAAAUUCCGCAAGUUUGCAACAGAACACAAUGUAAGUAUUGUACAAUGCAACGCAGUGCACCUAGAUCGCACCGCACCUGAAAAGAUCUUGUUACCUGCUCACUGAAUCCACCAAAAAUAUGCUCUUCUCUGACGAAACCGUUUCUCUUGCCCUUGUCGUAUACUCUAAGGUACACGUAACUCUUGUGGUGCACCCAAGAAAGGAAGACGAAAGCUCGAAGCUGUCGAUUUCAAGCUUUUUCGGUUCCGCAAAGGCAACCCAAGAGGCCGAUACAGUAAUAAUUAUCCAGAACGACGCGAAUCGACGCAAGUACCUCGAUGUAAAGAAGAACCGAUUCGACGGAACACUUGGGUACACUCCCAUCUAUUUCCAAAACAAGAGUGGGCGCUACGUCGAGGACGAGGGGAGCGCCGGGAAUCGACCAGCCCAGAAAMAACAGCCGCAGGGAGAUAUGAGCAUGCAUUUGGGUCCCCACAAUAAUUAUGGUUCUUCAGACCGCGCGUAAAGUGAUUACGUUGCGCUUGGAAUACACACCAAAACUUCAU